AUGAAUGGAGAGCAUGACGCCGCGAAGCUGCAGGACAUCCUUGAUGGCUUCAUCAAAAAAUUUGUUCUAUGCCCAGCGUGCGAAAAUCCGGAAACUGCAUUAUCAGUGCGAAAGAAUCAAAUUCACAGUAAAUGUAAGGCGUGUGGUCACGCAUUCAUCAUCGAUAAUCGCCACAGACUAUCCACUUACAUUUUGAAGAACCCACCCAAGAUCGAGGUCGACUUCUCUAAGGAUAACAAGCAGAAUGGCAACGGACAUGUCAAGGAAGAGGAUUUGGGUGUGGAAACUAAUGGAGAUCGAAACAGCUCAAAUGAUGAUGAAGACGACGACUGGGCACCAGAAGAAGACGAAGCACCAAACAUGAAAUUAGCCGCUGGGAUCGGAAAACUGGUCAUCGAUAAAGACCUUGACAAGAGUAUCGAAGAGCGUUUGGACAUGCUUCAUCGUUUCUUUGUCGAAGCAAAAGAAAAAGGCACCAUAGGUGAUGGAAAGGCACUUGCCGACGAAGCAGAACGUUUGGAGUUGAAACAAAAAGCUCCACUACUUCUUGCUGAUGUUCUUUUUGACGAAGAUAUCGCAAAGGAUGGUGUAGCGCAGAUCAAACACUACAGAAGAGUUCUAUUGAGAUUUACCCUUAAUGAUAAGAAGGCGCAGCGCUACAUGUUGGGUGGCAUAGAACAGCUCAUAACUAAACAUGAGACUAUACUGCUACCGAGGGCCGCCCACAUCAUCAAAGCCCUUUACGAUAAUGAUAUAUGUGAGGAAGAGGCAAUUUUGGCGUGGGGUGACAAGCCGUCCUCUAAGUAUGUGUCUAAAACACAAUCGAAGAAAAUAGUCCAGAAAUGUGAACCGGUGUUGACUUGGUUGAGGGAAGCUGAGGAAGAAGAUGAUGAUGAAGAGGAAAGUGACGAUGAGAUUGACUUCGAUGAUCGUAAAGCCAAGACUAGCGUAUAUGCAGAGAAGGCGAAGGUCGAAGCUAAAGCAGCAGACAUCAAAGUGAAGACUGAUGACGGCGUUGAGAUCGACAUUGAUGACAUUUAA